AUGGUGUACUACAAGCACAAUCGUGAUAUAGGAACACCACCAUCAAGAAGUGGACGAGGUGGUGGUCAUGGGAGGAGACUGAUGAGUAUAUAUAGGCCAAAUGGAGAUAUAUAUACAAGACCGUCAAGCAGUGGACAUGGUGGUGGUCACAUUCAUGAACAUUACUCUCCUUAG